AUGUGGACGUGGUGGCUUCCUUCUCUGUACUUUCGCAUGCACGAGGACUACUUGAAGGAAGACAUCGAAGGUCGAAGCUUCCAGCAGUACCUCACUUACCACUUCAACUACUGGAUGACCGCAGGUGGCAUUGGCGCGAUGUUCAAGCUGCUGGGAAUUGGAAUUCUCACGCUUCUGACGAUUGGCGCUUUCAUCUACGCGAUCCUCAUGCAGGACUCCCCCGUGCGAGGGCUCUGGCUCUGCACCGUCUGGGCUUCCGCUGCCUCAGUGGACCCGGCAGUGACGGCCAUGGAAGGUGGAGUCGGCAUGCUCCUGACCUUCGGAGGGCUGGUGCUCCUGGCAGUUCUGCUCACAACCAUCUCCGACUUCUUCGCUGCACAGCAGAAGAAGUCCAACGAGGGCCGCGAUCCCAUCGUGGAGGGAGGGCACCUUGUCCUGCUGGGCCUGUCCUCUCAGACGAAGGACUUCUUGGAGGAGUUGGCAAUCUGUGAGGCGAACUCUGCACCCAAGACGAUUGCAAUCCUGGAUACGAUGCCGAAGUCUGAGAUCGAAGAAGAGAUCAAGCGGCAAAACACCAAUACCGGAGACCUCAAGAUCGUGUGCCGUGGCGGGCUGCCUUCGUCGGCUGAGGACCUCUGGAAAGUGGGCGCGGACGUCUGCAGCAGGAUCGUGAUCCUAGAUGAGCCAUCUUUGCCUCGGGACGAGGCGGACUCCAUCGCUUUUGGCACUCUGCUCACAUUGCGAGGCCAGGGCAAGACGGGCUGGCCGAACAACGGCCACAUCUCGGUCCAGUGUUGCCUGGGAAAGAACGUGGGCUUUAUGAACGAGCUCUACCCAGGGAAGACCUUCGUCUUGAGCGGUGAACGCCUCGGUCGGCUGAUGGUGCAAAGCGCCCGGGAUCAGGGCCUCUGCCCCAUCUUCAAUGCCAUCAUUGGCUUUGAGGGUGACGAGUUCUAUGCUGCAAAAGCCUUGGACGUCGGUGUGGUGGGCAGGACUUUCCAGGAGGUGCCCUUCUGGUGUGAGAAAACGGUGCCGAUCGGUAUCCGAGAUGCUUCAGGUGCUUACAUCAUCAACCCCGAGAAAUCCUACAAAGUGAAGAUGGACGAUGAAGUGAUCGUCCUGGCCGAGGAUGACGAUGCCAUUCAGCGCAUGCCGGAGCCAAUGAUGGAUUUCCAGGCAGUUGCGACCAGAUUGGGCAAGCAUGUGUCAACUCGGCUUCGCGAAUGGGUGGACAAAGAUGCAAGUGAAGCCAACUACGCGAAAACAGGAGAAAAAUUCUCCCUCGCGACGCGUUUCUUUCGUGUCGAUACAGGAAAGCAUCUCACAUCAUCUCACGGCGACAUCCUAGGAAAAGGGGAGCUUUGGGCGGUCCAUGCUUUCGCCCAGUGCCUCGCUGAAUUCGCAGUUUUGACUGCAGUUGGUGGUGGUUCCUUCUCGCGUAAGGAGCAAACAAAAAUCGUUCCUUUGGUGGCGGGGAGCGACAAAUCGUACGAGGGAGAGGCCGAGUCGACAUCCUUCGUUUUUCGCGAAAACGACGCAGGGAAGCAGUUGUGUAUGCAGUAUGUAUCCCGCAUCCACGUGCAGUGUGGUAGUCUGCCCGCUCCGCGGGUGAUGCCGAACGAGAAGCAGGCAAAGAAGUCGGCGGCCUAUGUCUUCAAGACAGAUCCCGACGUGCUGAAGUCUCGCAAAUUCCUCAAAGUGGUGAAAUGUUUGGAAAACAUGGCAUUUACUAACAACACAAGAAAGAAGAGUCGCGUCGCUCGAGAGUUGAUGGAGGCCUGGCGAAAUAAGUACGGGGCUUCCACUUUCGUGGAGGCGGAUCCAAACGACAAUGAGAAAGUGCAGGUUUUGAUCUGCAACUUCACCGAACGAGGAUACGGCUGUGCCAUCCUGUUCGCUUUGGACGAGUGCUUCGGCGAAGAAUCGGUUUGUGACAUCUUCUGCUCGCUGACGGAAGAAGAUGCCCGAGCCAUCGUGAGCAAUGCCGAAGAGGAGCAGGACCGCAGGCUCAAGAACAUCGAGGUGAGGCGAAUCUACACCACGGCCCAGCACCAGAUGACUGCGCAGCACAAGCUCAACAUGAUGGACUACGACUUCCACUUCAUCCUGGCUGACAGCGCCCUUGGCUUUCAGAAGGCCGACGAGCAGACGGUGGCCAUCAUCCUGCAGAUGAAGAUGCUCCUGAAGGCCCGCGCGCCCGACCUGGAGUUCAACCCGCUCGUCGAGAUCUGCACCAGCAACGCCCACGCGCAGCUGGGGCUUCUCGGGAUCGAGAACACCAUCAACACCAUCUCCAUGAUGUCACGUGCAAUGGCCCUCGUAGCCAUCGACACCCUGGCACACGGUGUGCUUUCUGACCUGCUUUCAGCCACGGGCAACAACAUGGACAUUAUGACCCUGGGAGACUAUCUCGGCCAACAGCGGCUGCCAUCGCAGAUAUCUUUUGCAGAGAUCACGGCCAUGGUGAACCGCGCAGCCCAGCAGGUUGUAAUUGGCUGGUCGGAGAGAGACAGCGACGGCAACAAGGUUUGGGUGGUGAACCCCAAGGAAAAGCUGCAGCCGCGGGUUUGGACCGAGGAGGAUCGCAUCGUGGUGAUCAAGGCCAAGCGGAGGAAGGGGCCGCUACCGGUCUUUGUCUGCGAGUACCACGACGAGGCCCUUCGCUUUCUGCAUUUCUGCAUUCGGCGACGCAAGAUUCCCUUCGGCGAUCUGGCGAUGGUUCACCUGGAUGCGCAUCCAGACCUCUCGGCAUCAACGCAGCUGGAGGCGGACCGAAUCUACGACAGCCCCCUGGAGGUCUAUGCGGCGCUGCGCGAGGAGGAUGGCGGCAUCGCCCAGUGGAUUCUCCCGGCCGUCUACGGAGGGCACCUGCGUAGCGUCUGGUGGGUUCGCCCUCACGGGUCGCAGCAGAUUUCUGACGGCACGUAUCGGUGCCAUGUCGGCCGCGGUCUCGGCUCUCGAGGGACGACGGACGGUCGCGAAAGGGAUGAGGACGAGGCUCAAGUCGAAGGUAUCAAGAUCAGUUGCUCCGAGCCUUAUUUCGUUGAGGACGGCAUCUACAGCCCCGAGAAAUCGCUUCGAUGCUCGCAGUCGUUGGACCUGAGGGUGUCCCUUCUGCCUGGCGAAGACCAGCCGCUGCCGGCGUGGCGCGGCACAGGAGAACCGAACUCCUCACAGGAGCACCAUCCCUGGCUGCUGGAUGUGUGCUUGGAUUAUUUUGCCUGCGAGAACCCGUUCCUGAGCCAGGUCCGCCCAAAGGUGGCAGCCCCCCUGGCACAAAUUCACUUUGCAGCUGCUUUUCGCCAAGGGCCGGUCCUCGACCAAAGCAGCUUCGACGUGCAGCGCGCGGCCUUCGACGCGGCCUACGAGGAGGUGCUGCGAUGCGCAGAGGCGUGCCCGCGAGGCCACCAGGAGCUGGAACAGGCGAUGGAUCGCUUCCUCGGUUUCCUGCCGGUGGCGCAGCAGGCACUCCAUCGCCCGGCGCUGCGUGACGCCCUCGUGGAUGCGCGUGGAGCAGAGCUUCGAGCCCUGCAGGAGGCCGGUGACAUGAUCUCCCUCCCGAGCUUUCGGCCCUCCAGCGCAGAGCUGCGGGAGCAGCUGAAGGCCGUGGAGUCCUUCCUGGCACGGCUCGGAGGAAGGCCCUGCGCUGUCACCGUGGCACGGUCUGUCACAGACGGAUUCUGUCCCAUGCGCUUCCACUGCAUGUUGGAAGCCGCUGUGCUGGAGAUGCUUCAACGGCUCUUCGGUGAGAUGGACGUCAUGUAUGGGGACGAGCUCGAUGCAAAGGAACAGCAGCCGUGA